AAUAUGUUAAAUAUGGAUUCACAGUGACGACAGACAGAGCAGGAGAGCAGGUACCACUGUGUUUCGUAUGUUCAACAAUUCUCUGUAAUGAAGCUAUGAAGCCGUCGAAACUUACGCGGCAUAUGGAGACGCAUCACGUCCACUUGAAGGCCAAACCCGUUGAGUACAUGCAACAGAUGUUGCGUGAUUUCAAAGGACAGCAGGCUACCAUGAGGAAGAGUGCAAAAAUAAAUGAAAACGCACUGAAAGCAUCGUAUCUGGUCGCUCUCAGGGUUGCAAAAAGUAAGAAGCCCCAUACCAUUGCAGAGCAGCUUAUAUUGCCAGCAGCCAUAGAUAUGUGCAGAGCUAUGGUAAGCGAAGAAUGUGCCAACAAAUUAAAAACUAUUCCGUUGUCAGACAACACAAUCGGAAGACGAAUUGGGGAAAUGGCAAAUGAUGUCAAAGACCAGCUGAUGGCAAAACUUCAGACAGUUCUGUUUUCCCUUCAAAUCGACGAGACGACAGAUGUUACUAAUGAUGCGCAACUGUUAACAUUUGUGCGAUACGAGGACAGUGGCACUAUGUGCGAGGAAUUUCUUUUUUGCAAACCACUGCCCGGGCGAACUACCGGUGUAGAAAUAUUUAAAGCACUGGACGAUUUUUUCACGGAGCACAAUAUCUCGUGGCAGAGGUGCGUUGCAUUAUGCAGCGAUGGGGCCCGAGCCAUGAGUGGCAGCAAGACUGGACUGUUUGCGCAUGUAAGGAGGGUGGCUCCGGGGGUAAUUUGGACACACUGCCUGAUUCAUAGAGAGGCUCUCGCCUCCAAAGAUCUCAGUGUUGAGCUCAGUGGUGUGUUUGAUGUCGUUGUCAAGACGGUCAACUUCAUAAAACGAAACGCAUUGAAUACACGCCUGUUUUCAUCCCUAUGCCAUGACUUGGGAAGUGAACACAGCUCUCUCCUUUAUCAUUCAGAGGUGCGUUGGCUGUCUCGCGGCGCUGUGCUCGCCUGUGUGUUUGAACUACGCGGAGCUAUCUACGAGUUCUUGUGCGAGAAGCAUUCUGAUCUGGCUUCCAAUUUCAACGAUAGUUACUGGUUAACUAAGCUGGCGUACCUCACAGAUGUUUUUGCAGAGCUGAACAAGUUGAACAGCUCCAUGCAAGGGAGAGAUGCAAACGUCAUGCAGCUCUACGAGAAGCUCGACGCAUUUGUGAAAAAAAUGUCAAAGUGGAUCGAACGAGUGGAGAGCAAUAACUUGGCGAUGUUUCCUUCAGUUGAGGAAUACCCUGACAGCACUGACAUCAACGACACUAUAUGUGAGCAUUUGAGGAAGCUUGUGCGUCAAUUCGCAAAGUACUUCACUGAUUCGGAAGAGUGGCGCCGUGACAGCAAGUGGAUCCUGCUCCCAUUCAGUGACGAUGCAUCAGUAGGGUCAAGUCUGACGGCUGUGGAAGAGGAUAAGCUGAUUGAGAUGUCCACAGACUCUGUCAGGAGGCAUAUGUACGACACACAGCCCCUUGUUAAAUUCUGGAUAAGUUGCCAGACAGAAUUUCCACAGCUUGCUGCAAAAGCAAUGAGGUGUCUUUUGCCCUUUCCAACCACAUACCUGUGUGAGAGUGGUUUUUCUACACUGGCGUACUUAAAGAAUAAGUACAGGGCUAGGCUUGAUCCAGAGAAUGACAUGAGACUGUCUCUGUCUACCAUUUCGCCACGAAUAGACAGGCUGUGUGGACUUCACCACGCCCAGAUAUCACACUGACAGCAGGUGAUUGGUGACAGGUCUGUCCUGGCUGGGUUAUAAAAGCCCUGACCAGCCAGCAGUUGAGGCUGCCUUGGUCUUCAUUUGUUGGAUUUUGGUUCUCCGGUGUUGUUGGAUUUUUGUUCUCCGUUGUUGUUUUGUCACACACCUAGACUGACUUUGCAUGACAUUUUUAGUUACUUUUCCCAAUACUGAAUUGCACAACACUUUAUUAUUCUUUAUUCUUUCUUUAAAAUAAUCUUUAAUUUAAUUUAAUUUAAUAAAUCUACUUUUAUUAUUAUAAAAUCUGCGUGGCCUCUCUUUCAUGUUUCAUGCAUUGAGCUAUGCAUGUAACACCAAAUACACACGCGCACGCGCAGGCACAUCAGUGGGCCGCGGAUUGCUUUCUAGUCCGAAUGGUGGUCCCUGGGACAAAACCAGUUGAAAACCCCUGU